AGAGAAGAAGAAGAAGAAGAGAUCAGCUGAGCAAUGGCCACCGCGAUACCUCUCUUCGCUUCUUUCAAGUACGCCGAUAGUCUCACCGUCGUCGGAAUCUCCUUCUGCACGGCGUUGGUCUGCGAAGCAAUCUCAUGGAUCCUAAUCUACCGCACGAGCUCUUACAAAUCCUUGAAAUCUUCCAUUGACAAAGCCUCAAAGAAGCUGGAGACGAUGAAGACUGAUAAUCCUUCCUCGAAGCUAACAAACAAGAAAUCGAAGACGAAGAAGAUAGAUCGCGUUGAAUCUAGCUUAAAGGAAUCGAGCAGAGAUCUGUCGCUCUUCAAGUUUAAAUCUGGUGCCGUUGUUGCUUUGGUUCUCUUUGUUGUGUUUGGGUUGUUGAAUUCGCUUUUCGAAGGGAAAGUUGUAGCGAAGCUUCCGUUUCAUCCGAUUACGAUUGUGAGGAAGAUGAGUCAUAGAGGAUUGAAAGGAGAUGAUUCCACUGAUUGUUCCAUGGCUUUUCUUUAUCUGCUCUGUUCUAUCAGUAUUAGGACUAAUCUGCAGAAGUUUUUGGGUUUCUCUCCGCCUAGAGGAGCUGCUGGUGCUGGUGGUUUGUUCCCAAUGCCCGAUCCAAAGACGAAUUGAUCUGAUGAAUUGAAUUCUCUGAGCUCUCGUUGUUACUCUGAAAUUUUCAUGGUUAGCUCAAUGUUGAUCUAGUGGUGUUGUUUCAGUUCAAUUUGAUGAGAAACACUUUCAAAGUUUCGAUUUGUUAAGUUUUUUUUUUGUAGUAUGUGGUUUUGAUUUGGAUUCGUUUUCAAAGGUCCUGCAUUUGCUGUUGUCUUUAAUUCUGACUACAAAUUCAGUCUUGAUCUUUGUGUGUUCAACUCAUUUUCAUAUGCAUUGACAUCUUUCUGAUCAUUUUCUACAUCAAAGGCUUGAGUUUUCAUUCGUAUGGAUUCUUUGGAUAUUGAAAUGAGAGGUUAAUCAAAGAUGUAAGUAACUUGGAUAGUGUAAUGGGUAAUAUACAGAGAGGCUCAGGUCAUGUCCUUAGCAAUGUUAGGAAUUGAAUGUUUGCAACAUAGAACUAAAUGCUGGAAAGAUGCCAUAAUCAAAAGAUUUGCAGGGUUCCUUCAGCUAAGCUUCAUGUUGAACUUGGUUAGCCUUUUGGUGUAUAUUGAUUAUAGAACAUAAAGAUGUGUUUAGCAA